AUGGCUCCUCCUCUCUCCCCCAUGCCGGCAACCCCAACUCGCCGCCGGACGGAACUCCGGCCGCCGCGGCGGGUUUCCACCAAUCUCCCAAAUGCCAGCAUCAUCCGCGCCACUGCAGACCCUAACUCCAACCCGAAACAAGUUCUUUCUCUCUUCACUUCCGCUGUGCGGCAGCGCGGCUUCCGGCACGAACUCCCCACCUACGUAUCCCUCCUCCCCUACCUUGUUCACCAUGGCCGAAUUCGUGAGACGGAGCUCCUCCUCCGCCGCCUACCCGUCGCCGGACUUAGCCCCGGCCCCUCCCUCCUCUUCCCCCUCGCUUCCUCCGCACUAGCCGCAGGUAUCCCUCCAGAUUCUGCCGCCAGAUUGCUUCUCUCCGCCUCUCCCUCCGCCUCCGCUUUCUCCUCUCUCAUCGGCUUCAUCAUCCGCUCCAAUCAUCUAAGCCUCGCACGUUCCCUGCUCCUCUUCGCUGCACCCGAUAACCUAGGGUUUCGAAUUAAGAAUCGCCAUUUCGCCGGACUUAUACGCAGGUUCUGCCGCCGGGGGUACGUCGAGGAGGCGGAGGAGCUGGUGGCGGAAAUGGGACGAAGGGGCGUGUUGGCCGAUGUUGAGAUUUGGAAUUUUCUGCUCUUAACCGUUUGUGACAAUCGAAGCGUUGAUGAUGGGUUUCAGGUUUAUCUGGCAAUGACGGAGAUGGGGGUUUUGCCGGAUGUGAUCAGUUUCUCGACGCUGAUGGGGAGGAUGGGGAUGGAAGGGAAGGUUUUUGGGUGUAAUUCUCUCUUUGGGAGAAUGUUGGUGAUGGGUGUUCUUCCUGAUUUGGUUUUUUACAGGUUGCUUAUCAGGAUAUACUGCAACAAUUGCUUAUUGGGUGAUGCUGUUAGAGUUCUCAGAGCAAUGAAGAUUGAUGGGUUUCUGGAGGAUGGAGGAGUUGGGAAGAAGAAUGUUUGGGAAUGUGGUGGGGAGAUUGACGGGGUGGCUUCAUGUGCUGAUUCUUUUAAAGAUUUGAGUGGAAUGCAUGUAAAUAUGAAUAUUUAG